AUGUACAAGGCCGUCCUCCUGCCGACGCUACUGUACGGAGCGGAGACCUGGACGGUGUACACGAGGCAGGCACGUCGACUAAACCACUUCCACCUCAGCUGUCUCCGCCGCAUCCUGAGGCUGAACUGGCAGGAUCGCAUCCCCGACACCCAAGUGCUGGAACGGACGGGAAUUCCGAGCAUCUACUCCAUGUUGAGACAAAUGCAGCUGCGCUGGAGCGGCCACCUGGUGCGCAUGGACGACGAGCGACUACCCAAACGACUCUUCUACGGAGACGUCGCGACGGGUUCUCGUCGUCAAGGAGGCCAAAUUCGUCGAUACAAGGAUACUCUGAAGUCCUCCCUGAAGCGCCUGCACAUCAACCCGACCAACUGGGAAGAGCUCGCCCGCGAUCGUCCGACAUGGAGGAGAACAGUGAAGACGGGCGCUGCUAUCUACGAAGCCCACCGCAUCGCCGCCGCCAAAGUGAAACGCGAAGUCCGCAAAUCACAACUUCGCCCAAUACGCAACGCCGCCGCACAACCUCUCCCUACGUGUCCUCGAUGUCAACGGACAUUCCGGGCACGAAUCGGACUUGUUGGACAUCUUCGAACCAACUGCACCUCUCGAACUGCUCCAGCCAUCGUCCCCGCGCCCGCCUCUUCCUCGUCCUCUCUUCCGCCAACUAACUCUGACACUCCUUCUGCACCACCACUUCCAUCCUCCUCCUCCUCCACCGCCCCAACGGUGGCCGUUCAGGCUACCGUCUCACACAUCGCCAACCACGACACAGCAACCGCAACCACCCCCACCUGCCCUCACUGCGACCGCACCUUCACCUCACACAACGGCCUGGUCGGUCACUUGCGAAUCCAUCGCACAGAGAAUGGUGAACCAGUGCCUGGAGCACCAACCUGCACCCACCGCACUCGCCUCCACUGCCCACAAUGCCCUCGCACCUUCCGGCAUCGCAUGGGCCUAUUCGGCCACAUGCGCAUCCACGAGAGCGGAAUUGACCGCAGCCUUAACACACCCACCCCGCCGAGCCCCACUCCCAAUCCAUCACCUUGUGCACCCACUAACCACUCCCCAGCCGACAUCGACGCCACCGACCUUACCACCCCUCACUCCCUCCCUUCCUCCUCCACCCCCUCCUUCACUGCCACAACGACGGCCACUCCGGCGUCUGUAGCGCACGACUUUACCACAGCCGCACCUGACACAACAACAGGCACAACCCCUGCAACCUCCAUCAACAGAUGUGAGGGCCAGGACUGCAUCUGCCCUCACUGCGAUCGCACCUUCACUUCACGCAUCGGCCUGGCCGGUCACUUGCGAAUCUAUCGCACAGAGUCUGGCGAACCAGUGCCUGGAGCACCAACCUACACUCACCGCACUCGCCUCCACUGCCCACACUGUCCUCGCACCUUCACGCAUCGCAUGGGUCUAUUCGGCCACAUGCGCAUCCACGAGAGCGGCAUUGACCGCAAUUCCGAUACAGCCACGACAUCCAACACGCCCAGAGCCAUCCUCGCCCCACCGUCACACGCGCCGACCACCACCACUGCCACCACCAUCACCACUGCUUCCUCUACAGCUGACACCGACACCGCCGACCUCUCAUGCCCACAUUGUCCACGCACCUUCACCUCACGCAUCGGCCUGGUCGGUCACUUGCGAAUCCAUCGCACAGAGACUGGCGAACCAGUGCCUGGAGCACCAACCUACACCCACCGCACUCGCCUCCACUGCCCACACUGCCCUCGCACCUUCACGCAUCGCAUGGGUCUAUUCGGCCACAUGCGCAUCCACAACGACCUGCGGUAG